CGAGUAUUGGGAACUAGAGCGUUACAGAUUGCUAUGUGUGCUCCGGUCAUGGUGGAGUUGGAAGGUGAAACAGAUCCCCUACAAAUUGCUAUGAAAGAAAUGAAAGCAAGGAAAAUUCCGUUCAUAAUUAGACGUUAUCUUCCAGAUGGAAGUUUUGAGGAUUGGGCUCUUGAUGAAUUGAUCAUUUAUGGACAUUGA